AUGGAGGUGUCCUACAGCUGUCCUCUGCAAGAGAACUCUUUCAUAUUUAACUGCGAGUCCCUGCUGGGGAAAUCGUAUGAGCCCGUGUCCUAUGAUCCAGCCUCAGAUCCAGGUUAUUUCAGCGCAAGCAGCAGCCUGUCUCCCACCUCCUCUGUGGACUCCUUCUGUUUCUCCCCCACCUCCAUCCAACAGGAUGCUUUGGAGUCUUUCAUCUUCAGCAGCAGUACAGCAGCUCAUCUUACCCAUGAGACACAGACUCUGCCCUGCUCCGAAUCCUCCACAACAACCUCCACCACAAAGAAAUCCCGCUCCAGGUAUCCAGGGAGGAAACGCCAGAUGGCCAGUGAGAGGGAAAAGCUAAGGAUGAGGGAUCUGACCAAGGCUCUGCAUCACCUCAGGACAUACCUCCCACCCUCAGUGGCUCCUGCGGGACAGACCCUGACCAAGAUCGAGAUAUUACGCCUCACCAUUCACUACAUCUCUUACCUAUCAGCCCAGCUGGGCCUCAGUGAGGAGGUGCUGGAGCAGAGGAGGUCCUCAGGCUUUGUGGUGCAGCCCCAGACUCUUAACCAGUUCCUGGGCCAGCAAACAGCUACCUACAGUCCACAGGAGUCAAGCUGCCCCAUUGGGAGCACAGCCCAGCUGUCCUCUCUACAGCAUGCAUGUCAGGUUUCAAGUGCAGCUUGCUUCACCAGUGAGGAGUACUGGAUGCCAGAGCAGCAACCCCAAAAUGUCACCUUCUCUGGACAGUGCUGA